UGACAUUGACAUGUGCCUAGAAGUAUUAGGUGCAAGUUCUAUAGACAACUAUAGAACGAACUGUUGGAACAACAAGGUUUAGUGGCACGAUAUAAUGACUGCUAUCGAAUAUCAAUAAGUUCAAACGGAUUUGUACACCACAUAACGGCAAUACACAAGGAAUAGAAAACCUUACAGUAUCAGUCGACGAUGUACAGAGAUAAGACCUGUAUUCAACUUGAUUCACUCACCAAAUCAUGAAUUGCACUGAACGUCAAGUAAUCGAAGACUUUCGUCAGAAACUUGUCAGAACUGUUGAUCCAAUCGCGAUAGCAACUACAUUAUAUCUACAAAAACACUGCAAGCGAGAGCUCUUUGAAAAGAUCCGGGACAAAAGUGACAAAAAAUCAAGUCGGGAACAGAUUUGGAAUACAUUUUUGCCAAAUAUUAUUCUUUUCUGCCAGUUCGGAUCAUUCUGGUUAGCUCUUUAUACAUCGGGCUAUGAACUGUUAUCAAUCGAACUAUUACUGCAAUUUUGGCAACAAAAUUUGAACACCGAAUUAACCGCUGAUCAAUCUCAUACUGAAUGCGAAAAGCAAGGUUACUUUUUAUUACUGAAAGUAAGUUUUCACGACAGAGCAUUCAGAGAACCACAUGAAUUGUUGUAUAAAACAUUAGAAGGACAUAGGACAAAAUAUGAGGAAGCCAUUAACACCAGAGAGAAGGUGUGUGCCGCUGACCGUUAUGCAGACUGCCUCUGUGUUGUCAUCGACACUAAGGCGAUGGAAUUCAUUGGAAAGUUACCUACCCACGAACUUUUCGAUAACCUUAAAGCUAUCAUUCCAGAAACUUCAAAUACCUCACUAACAGAAGUUGGCUAUUACUCGCGACUGGCCAUUGCACAUGGCAUGGCUGACAUGUUUGAGGAAGGACGUAGAUUUGUGACUAAAGCGCAAAUGGCUGCUUUCCAGAUUAACCAAUCUGCCCAGUACGUGUAUAAUAUGUUAUACAUUCAUAUUCACUUCCUUUGCAUGCAGGCAAGCAUUCCAAAAUCAGCUGAUAUAGACGGAAUCAUCGAUGUAGCCAAGCGAUUCCUGCAGAGCAUCCCCGAUCAAGAUGAAGGAGCAGUUUUCUGGAAAAAAAUGGUCGCGCUCCGCAUUGUUUGUUUUUUGCUUGGAAUCAGUCACAAAGGCCACAUUAACGAAAAGCAAAAAGUUGAGAAAAAACAUGUUGCUCUUGCUAAGACUUUCUUGGAAGUUAUUGAUGCCCGUUGGGAUAGGAUCGAAUACAUACGCAGAUUGUUCUAUUUUGUGUGCCAAGCACGGAUUCAGGAACUAGACUUUCAGGAGCACAGGGGCAAAGAUAAAAACGCCGUUGAACGUCUCGAACUUGCCAUUGAUCAAUUGCAAGGUACCGUGGCAAAAGAUCCAGAAAAUACCUUUCGAGAAACACCUUUCGCUACAUGUUACAUUUCAAGGUUACGCCAACUGAUCAGCAAAACUUAAGAAAUGCAUACUAUUCAAUCUAACAAAAAUGAAGCACUAAGCCUAUGGCUAUUUUUUGCUUCUGAGAAUGAGUGUGGUUUUGUUGUCGUUACGCCAAGUCUCAAAUGGAUUUGUCAAGAUUUACAUAAGGUUUUAUCGAUAAUGAAGGGUCUAAGGUCUACAUGUUAAAAUCAUUGCCUUAGUUUAAUCAACUUUGAGUUCAAAGUACGCUUUGUGGCAAGCAACAUUAUACCAUUUUAUUGUUUAUUAGACAGAUACUAUUAAUAUAAAUCUCAUUAGGCAUUGGUUAGUGGAUCCGUAUUCACCUCCCCAUCUUCAUCAUUACCAUGAUCUCCAUGUGUUUCGUCAAUCGAUAAAUGGUGCCUGGUGUCCUACUUGGUGCAACAACGUAUUUGAAGAACACAACUUUAUCCGUUUGGAACUGAUGAAAAGGAUUUAAAGAGAGACGGAAGCGGAUAGUUGUCUUGUUGAUAAAUUGCCGACUUCCCUUACAGGACGACGGCAAGUUGGAUUUCAUUUUCAUUUUCAAUUCGUUAGUUGUCCCGAUAACAAAAUUUAUACAAUUCUUUGUUCACGAAACCAUAGAUUCGCGGUAUAAUAUAUUGUGAUCAAUGGAAAGGAAUCGUUUGUGAUUUCGUGCGUGGUUUGUAUCAUUUCACGUAAAGCAACACAAUUUGACUUAUAUCAGUGAUAAUCGGUUCAUUAGAAAGUGUUAUAUAAUAGGACAAAAUUGUACCAAAUGUGGAUGUUCGACAAACGUGAUAGAUACGCCAGCUGUUCUCAAACUACGCUAAUUGUUUUUAUAAAUCUUCGAGUUUGUCCAUGGAUAUUUUCAUACCCGAACCUAGACAGUCUAAAUGUUGUGCAGGAAUGUUUGUAAAAUCCACGUAAUUCUGAAUACUGAAACCAGUCUUUUUUCAAAAUAAAUCAUGUGUCGUUAAAGAAUAAGCUAUAUAUUAUAUAAAAGAAAGGAAUUUGUCAGUUUCUCUCCAAAAUAUCCUUCCACGUGCACAUUUUCCCGACGUUUUUCAGUGAACUGAAUCAUUCGAUUCCUCACAUUGAUCAUGCAAGUGGAACAAUUAGCUGCUUACAUUUCGGUGAGCCAGUCUUGUUAUGAGAAGAAGAUUCACAACUAUGACAAAACUGUUUAGAUUAUGUGCAUAAUACAAAAGUAAAACAUCAAAUUCAACAUUGAAGGAAUGUGUUAUGAGCAGCAUAGCGUGAUCACUUUAUGAAAUUAUCAUAUUCGUUUUACAAUGUACGUUUUACAAUGUAUGAAACUCAUUCAACCUAGGUUGAAACUCAUUCAACCUAGGUUGAAUUAGUGUUAAAUAUUUACAUUACGAUGCUUAUUAAUAUCACAAUUCAUGCAAUUGUUUACUAUUGCCCUGCAGUAUGGGCCUAGACUUGAUGGAAUUACUAUUAGAAGGAAACACACAUUCUAUUUGUUGUUAAAACUGGCCCUGACGUCUUCAAAUUCCUAACUCUAAGGAUGUUCCUAACUGACAUAAAUUAUUUUCUCAAUUCUUUUUUAACUUUUACCUACUAUUUUAAAUCAAGAGAUUUCCUAGCGAUUUUCAAUGAUUAUUUUGAUACUUUGAUUUUAAGAAUCGGCCUUGUUAUGUUGUUUUUGCAAACACCUAAAGCAGCCAUUUAUGAUAUAUUGGAAGCCAUACGUUAUGGAUUUUUUUUUCUCUAUUCUUUUAUCUGACAAGCAUGUACUGUGUAAGCAACCAGGAUUGUGUAAAGGCGGUCAUACAUAAAACAGUUUAGAUCCGAUAUCUAUAAAGGCAUGCAGGACAUAUUCUAUAUAUACACAACUACAUAAAACUGUAUGCUACUGAUAUAUUCACUGAUUAUUGGAUUUACUCUAUUCAUUGUUGUCAUCAAUUUCCUUAAAAGUACCGAUAAGUAACUUCUGAAUAUAUAAUAUUAUAUCAUUGGACAAGAUGUAUAUUCGAUAUACUAUAUCGAUAGCAACAUUUUGUAUGAGUUCCAAUCUGGUUUUAGAAAAUCCUAUUCCACUGACUCCUGUUUAAUUCACAAGGUUGAUCACAUAAGGUCCCAGACGUAUAAAGGUAUCUUCACUGGAAUAGUAUUACUAGACCUACAUAAGGCCUUUGAUACAGUUGAUCAUGGGAUUUUGUGUGAUAAACUUGGGGUAAUUGGCAUUUAGUCGAUGGAGUGGUUCACAUCAUACCUUACUAACAGGAAACAAUUAGUUAAUAUCAAUAAUGUGAACUCGGAUAUUUGUAAUAUAACAUGCGGGGUACCCCAAGGGAGUUUAUACGGACCCCUUCUUUUUCUCAUUUAUGUAAAUGACAUGCGGAUCAGUAUUGACCCAGGAUGCAAAUUAUUUCUGUACGCAGAUGACAGUGCAUUUAUCUUCUCGCACAAAGACCCAAAAAUGAUUUCAAAAUUUCUAUCUAAAAAUUUAGAGUCAUGUCACGAUUGGCUAACUAAUAAUAAACUAUCCUUACAUCUCGGAAAACAGAGAGUAUUUUGUUUGGCCCCAAAAGGAAACUUUCCAAAUUACCUGAAGGGGCUUAUUUUCUGAUUCAUGUUACGGUAAUAUAUUUGUGCCUCAGGUGUGUGUUAAAUAUCUUGGUAGUAUAUUGGACAACGUUUUAUCUGAUGAACAAAUUGUCCAAAGUGUUAAAAAAAGUAACCAGAGAUUGUGGUUUCUAUAUAGACCAAGAAAAACCCUGGUGUCGGCACUGAUCCAAUGUCAGUUUGACUAUGCUUCUAGCUGCUGGUUAGAAAGCUUAUCCAAAAAACUUCGACAAAAACUUCAAAUUACACAGAAUAAAGUGGUCAGAUUUAUUCUGAAACUUAACAACAGGUUAAGAGUCACCCACCGGGAAUUGGAACAAGCUAAUAUGUUAGAUGUUGGGGACAUAGUGAAACAGCUCCGUUUUAACCAUGUCUUUGAUAUUCAACAUAACAAAUGUCCAUCCUAUAUGAAAGAAUAUUUUACUAGAACAGAGAAAAAAACACUUACCAGGAACAGUGAUCUGAAUUUCAACAUUCAUUGUAUAUAAAAGGUGUGGAAUCGUCAUCGUUUUUCUAUAAUGCUAUCAAAGAUUGGAAUAACUUGCCACAUUCAAUAAAAUCUGUAGAUCACAAGAUGAAAUUAAAAAAUGAGAUAAAAAAGUACUUACAAGAUUUGGCAAAAACUGAUUUUGAGCAAGAAUUCAUCUUCUAAAGGUAAUUUUUAUUCUAUCCUAGUGGGCGACUCCAAACUUAUUCUAAUAAAUAUAUGUAUUACGAAAAUUUUAACUAAAGUACUACUUUGUAAUGUUUUAAUUUCCAAUUUCAUUUAAAUGAGGCUGCAAUUUUGUUCCAGUUAUCCUAUUUUUGGUGACUACCAAUUCAAUAUGUACCUUUUAAAAUGUUACGUAAGAUUUUAUAACCAUCGUCCUCAGUUUUUACUUUAUUAAUAAGUCAUUUUUAUAUAUGUAUUAUACCCCAAAUUGUUAUAAUUUGAUAGACAGAUAAUAGGAUAACAUCAUCUUGCAUUGUGAUAUGUACAGUAAUACAUAUAAUUGUUAUUUUAAUAUUACAAGUGGAAAUAGCAUCUUGCACAGCCCCAAAUAUAUAUAUAUUCUUAUUUUCUAAAGAUACGUAAAACAUAACUCCAUCGUAUACUGUCAAAUAAUAUAAUAUCUUAUUUUGAUGAAAUAAUAUAACAUCAUCAUAUUUGACCAAUUAGUACAACUAAUUCUAUUCAUAGUAUUACGAUAAAUUAUACCAUCUUAUAUUGUCCAAUUAUUAGGACCUUUUGUUGUCUAAAUAAUUAAGAUCGUUACUAGAGGACCCCAUUGGAAAUAAGCUGCCAUCCAGCUUUCAUGGGAUAUCCUUGGUAAAAGCUUAGUCAUCAUGCAGAUACAUUAUAUUUAUAGUGCUCCAAAAUUUGUGAUAUUAACCUUGAUGUGAUAAUCAAAAUACUGUGACAAAUCUGUAAUUAUUAUGCAACUGAAAUCUGUGAUCAUAUGUGAUAUUUGUACUUGUAUCAUGCAUUUACCGAAUAAAUAAAUAAAUAUCAUUAUAUGGUGCAUUAUGACUGAUGACAAAGGACUAUAUAUAGUUUGGGCCGUUUUCGGCCCCCAAAUCCAUCGAAAUUAAAAGUCUUCAAUAGAACUCUCAAAUGACUAU